GUGGUGCUUAUGAUUUACCAGAAAACCCAAGUCCCCUGGAAAAAAUGAAAUAUGAUAUUUGUCAGAAUAUUUUGGGUUAUAAAUUAACUAAUCAUUCGACUACCCAACAAAUCGCUCAGCAAAUUCAAUUAAGUAUAGCCGAAACCGAAGAACUACUUUUUUGUCGCAUUGAGAAAUUUACUCUUGAUCGUUUAGUAGUUUAUGCCAGCAAAUUGUUUUCUCCUUCCCAUAUAAAAAUCACUAACAAUUUGAUCUUAGAAAUAUUGGAACAAAAACUUCAUGCUCAAAAAGUUAAUCCUAUGUCUGAUAGUCAUCGUUUAUGGGGAAAGGAUGUUUUUCUUUGA